UGCUAAGAAUUGUCUGAUGGUGAAAGUGAAAGUGAACUGGCAGUGGAUGAACAUCUCCUCCUGAGAUAACAAGUGACCCAGUGCCUGAGGAACCAUGUUCCCCACAGCUCUCCGCUGGCUGGUUCUGGUGUCUUUAAUCAUUCUGACCAUUGUUGGGAACAUGCUGGUGUGUCUGGCUGUGGGGCUCAGCCGUCGACUGUGGCGCAUCACCAACUGCUUUGUGGUGUCCCUGGCAGUGACGGAUCUCCUGCUCGGCCUGCUGGUGAUGCCUUUUUCUGCCUCUGUGGAGUUGCGCAGUGGACAUUGGCCGUUCGGAGGAGCUCUGUGUAACAUCUACAUCUCACUGGAUGUCAUGCUGUGUGCAUCCUCCAUCCUGACCCUAAUGGCCAUCAGCGUGGACCGAUACCUAGCGAUUUCAGCUCCCCUUAGCUACUCCCGGAGAGUUACGCCUGUGAAGGUGACACUGGCCAUGAUCGCCAUCUGGGCCUUGUCACUAGCUGUGUCCUUCGUGCCGAUCCACCUGGGCUUGAAUACAGCGGACUACAGAGUGCAGCACUUGGACUGGGUCAUGGGGGACGAGGUCAAGGAGGGACACUACUGCCAGUUUGAGUGGAAGAACAACUAUGCUCUCAUUUUUGUCUUUAGCACCUUUUAUCUGCCUCUGCUGCUUAUGUGUGGGAUGUAUCUUUGCAUUUUCAGAGUGGCACGAGAACAGGUGCGGCGUAUUCGCGCUGCCACGCCAUCAUUUGCGCGCGCAGCAUCGAUUGCAGCCACAGCCCGGGAGCACAAAGCUACAAUGAGCCUGGCAGCUGUGCUGGGGGCCUUUGUCAUCUGCUGGUUCCCCUACUUCACCCUCUUCACCUGCAUGUCCAUCAAGAAAAAGACGUAUACCCGAAACACACUUAGCUCUGUGAUCCUGUGGCUGGGCUACUUUAACUCAGCUCUAAACCCCAUCCUGUAUCCAGCCUUCAACAGGGAUUUCCGCAAGGCCUACGGAGAGCUGCUCCGCUGCCGAGGUUUGUCUCACAGAAACCUGCAGCUUACUUGUGUGUCAGUGCAUAAAACAAUGAACCUUACUAACGGACAAAGGGUUUCCCAACGGUCAGAGACACAAACAGACACGGUUAAUAUAGAAACUGAGGGGAAAACGGUAUCCCUGAUGUACCAUGUUGAAAAUGCAAAGGAUGCGUAGUGCCAAAGAUAACGCAAUUCACUACAUGAUGAAUGUACAAAGCUGUUUUUCCAAGUGUACCGGACACAAGCAUCCAAUGUGCAUUUGUUAUUAAUAAUAAUAAUAAUAAUCAAGGCAAUUUACAGUUCUCAUAUGUCUGUUUAUUAGACAGGUGUAUAUAGCAGCUGCAGUGUAAUUCAAAAUAAAGCCCAGCAGAGCAGAGUGGAAUGAAUAGAUGACUCAGUAAGUUUCUCAGACAACUGCAUAGAGACAAAGGUGGUUCAAGGUUUGUACAUAAUAUACAGUAUGUUCUGUCCCCUCAACCCUACCAGUGAAAGUGAAUAAAUGACCAGCAUGUUGCUUCUGUAACUGGAUAAGUCAA